AAGGAAACGUGAACUGCCGCAAAGCUUGAGCUGAAGCCCGUUUGAUGCUGUUGUAGUUUUUGAUAAAGGCGACUUAUUAUAACCAAAUGAGUACUGAUAUUCACGAAUGGCUUUACAUUAACAACCAAAGAUGGUAGUUAACCCUGAGUCAACCCGGAAGUUGAUUCAGCUCGUGAAACUCUGCUACGGAGAAGAAUGCCUUUAUUGGUUUGCUAGCUAGCUAGCUAGCGUUAGCUUUCAGGUGGAACGCUAACCGAACAGGCAGAGUUUCUACGUACAAUGACUAAAUCUUGAGGGUUCAUUCUCUCGAGAAAACGCGGUGAGAAAGGAGAGCUUUCUGUGUGCCUUCAGCUACCUCCGGACCGUGUCGGUACUGUUUACAUGAUGAAGAACUGCGAGUACCAGCAGAUCGACCCGCGGGCGCUGUCGGUGUCGCCUUCGUCCACACAGAGCCACACCGAGAGGAGAGUGCAGCGGUCGAGGAGGAAAUGGGAAGUGUUUCCAGGGAAGAACAGGUUUUUCUGCGAUGGUCGGAUCAUCCUGGCUAGACAAAGCGGUGUCCUUCCUCUGACACUGGGCCUUAUUGUUGUCACGUGUGGCCUUUUCUUUGCAUUCGAUUGCCCAUUCCUGGUGAAGCAUCUGACCGUCUUUAUACCUGUGAUUGGUGGGGUGCUUUUUGUGUUCGUGGUCAUCUCCCUGCUGAGAACCAGCUUUACAGACCCAGGCAUUUUACCCAGGGCCACCCCAGAUGAAGCAGCAGACAUAGAGAAGCAGAUAGAUACCUCAGGAUCUUCCACGUAUCGCCCCCCUCCGCGAACUAAGGAGAUCCUCAUCAACCAGCAGGUGGUAAAGCUCAAAUACUGCUUCACUUGUAAAAUGUUCCGCCCUCCUCGGACCUCCCACUGCAGCCUGUGUGACAACUGUGUGGAACGAUUUGACCACCACUGCCCGUGGGUGGGGAACUGUGUGGGCAAACGCAAUUACCGCUUUUUCUACAGCUUCAUCAUCUCUUUGUCUUUUCUGACAUCAUUCAUAUUUGGCUGUGUCGUCACCCACAUUACCCUGCGUUCUCAACAAGGUAAAAGCCUUGUUCAAGCCAUUCAAGAGAGCCCUGCCAGUGUGGUGGAGUUGGUGAUUUGUUUCUUCUCCAUCUGGUCUAUUCUGGGCCUCUCAGGCUUCCAUACAUAUUUAGUAGCCUCCAACCUCACAACAAAUGAAGAUAUAAAGGGCUCCUGGUCAAGUAAAAGGUGUACAGAGGAAUCUGAGAACCCGUACAGUUAUAACAGUAUUAUAACCAACUGCUGUGUGACGUUAUGUGGCCCCAUGCCCCCAAGUCUGAUCGACAGAAGAGGUUUCCUGCCUCUUGACGAGGCGAUCCCUGCUGCUUCGGCCUCUGAGACAGAUCUGCCUCCCUUCACGGCCAAGAAUGAUGCACACAUGUGCACUCAGAGCACCAAGGACGUGCUGGAGAGGGUGGUCCACUCCUUUGACCUCCAUGACCUGUGCCCCCCUGGCGCCCCAAAGACCUCCCCUCUGGGCCUGGACACCUCCAGCACGCCAGCACCUUCCACGGAGCCUUCACCCUCCGCCGGCUGCUCCCCGCAGCGCGCCCGCCAGCCCGUGGUCGUUCCUUGUCCUCCGUUCAGCCGAAGCAGCAAAAGAAGAGACUCUCUGCACUCCAUCAACCCGGCCUUCCGCCUGGCUUCUCCCUCCCCGUCGCUGAGCCGCAACACCUUGAUUCUUGGUGAUGCACCAGACAUGGGCUUCAUCCCGCUACCCUGACUCCACCAAGUAACCACAAGAGAACAAUGGGAGCCAUAUACACUGAAAUCUACUGUUUAACAAUAUUUUUGGCGACGAAGGAACCUUUUCACAGUGGUGAUCGUGUUGUUUGUUGCAGUUUGGUGUCAUUCUGAUGAGCUGAUGAAGCAUUACCUGGAGGUAGUCUAUGUUCUGAAAUGAUAUGUGUCCUUCAGGAUGAAGGUAAAUCUUAGUAAUACUUGGAAGCACAAUAUAAAGAUAUUUUUUUAACACCUUUUUAUUACCCAGAACAUGCCUCCACACCUUCCACAGAACCUCAAGCCAUACGUCACAGCCGCAGUGUUUCAGUUCUUGCUAAUAUAUUAUGCAAACAGGUCAGCUUUAAAUAUGGGAAUACUAGUAUGAGUGUGGAUGCAAGAAGUACAGGAACAAAAGUUUAGAUUUAGUGAGCUGUUUCAGGAUUAUCAACUCAAAAGUUGGCCUUAUGUCAUGUCCCAUCAUUUCCUGUUAUCUAGAAUGACAUCAUCACAGAGUCAUCAGGUGGAGUCGCAGUAUUCAGACGAAUGAGCAAUCAGAGUUUCAAGAGGGAGCUCACGGUGCAGUUUUUAUUUACAUCUUAAUGUUUGCAUAUCAAGGUCUUUGCUGUACUUUGUAAUAAUUCUUGCAUGUGUUAUAUAUCCGAUAGGCUAAAUGGUAAAUUUCCUUUUGUGAGGUGGCUAUCAUUGAAAUAUUUAAAUCAAGCAAAACUGAAUUAAAUUGUUUAGAUGUUUUUCAUGUAUGACUGGAUACUAUUUAUGAAAUGGUUCCUCCACAUUUUUAUACUGUCCGUACAUUUGUUGGAUGUCAAAACAAUGUAUUUAAUUUAAAUCCAAAUCAAAUUUGCUGCUGCCCACCAGGGCUCGGGUUGCAGUAUUUGUCUCUGGAAAACUGUUUCUAAUAAUGUGAUCUACUGGGAUGCUUUCAGUACGAGCCAGCAUCUGUUUUUCUUUGCCUCGGGGCACUUCGACUGUACAGUACAGGCCAAAACUUUGGACACACCUUCUCAUUCAAUGCGUUUCCUUUAUUUUCAUGACUAUUUACAUUGUAGAUUCAUCAAAACUAUUAAUGAACACAUGUGGAAUUAUGUACUUAACAAAAAAGUGUGAAAUAACUGAAAACGUCUUAUAUUCUAGUAAGCAAAGGGUGGUUACUUUGAGGAAUCUAAAAUACAAGACAUGUUUUCAGUUAUUUCACACUUUUUUGUUAAGUACAUAAUUCCAUAUGUGUUCAUUCAUAGUUUUGAUGCCUUCAGUGAUAAUCUACAAUGUAAAUAGUCAUGAAAAUAAAGAAAACGCAUUGAAUGAGAAGGUGUGUGUCCAAACUUUUGGCCUGUACUGUAUGUUGCCUGUUUUCAGUGUAACAGCACAGACUCACCGUAUGGACUGGGUCAAGCAGAGUAAUGUUUGAGGAAUGUUGAUGACUUCAUGGCUAAGUUUGUGACCUUUUCCUCCUCUUACGGCAUUAAAACGUAUCUGUGAUGGUGAAGUACAGUAACAGUAAAUAUCAGAGUGAGGUUGUGCCUCUAGAGGGCAGCAUAGGAUAUGAAUUGCAGCCCAGUCAACUUAGUAACCAUUAGAAAAAAAAGGCCUUUUGAUGUUUUAUUUAUUUUUUUGUAACUGAGCGUUGAAGCUGUACAUAGGUUGUGAGUUUGUGAAGAUCCGUGUUGCCAUAGUCAGUGGGUCAUUCAUUUAUCAGUGUCUGCAUCAAGACCCAUAGGUUGUGUAGACAAUUACAAGCAGUGCUUGUAUGAACAAACUUGUUUGUAUUUUGUAGGAUGUAACAGUGGAGCUGUAACAUUUGGUCAAUAAAAAUGAUCACUUUUGUUGA